CUGUUUGUGUUACAUGAUGGGUUGUUUCAUAUUUAUUAUCCCCGUUAGAUCACAAAUUGAAAUAACUGCCGCACGUGCAACAGUGCAGUUGCAAAAUACUAUUUAAAAGGGAAAGUUUAGAAAAUUAUGCACUGUUUUCUUAAACGUUGAGGUUGAAAGUGUCACUUUCUAGUCGUGUGGAUUUGACAGGGAAAAUGUUGGCAGAAGUUUCUGGAAGUUUUGAGGUUAUGAACCUUGUUCGAUUUCUGAGUAAGAAAGUAUUUUUUAUUCAAACUCACAUCAACCUUCCUUCAAGUUUUAGAAUACUUUGCAACAGACAACUACUGUACUGUCAUUUAUCAAGAUCCGAUCUUCGGACAAGCUAACAGCAAUGACCACGAAGAGUUGCAAUUGACUUUGGAACACGUGAUCUCAACUGAACAGCUUCCGGUAGUUUGGAUUUCCGCUGGUACAUCUUCAGAAGAGAUUCAGAUUGCGUGCGCAGUAGCUCUAGGAUGUCAAUCUUACAUCACUUUCACCGAGGAUGUAACGAACUUUCUGAACUUCAAGCUCACCAUUAAGGAUUCAUCGGAUCAGCGAAUGCGUGACAAGAAUUUCUUGAUCUUUGCUAAAAAUCUGACGCUCCUUCAGGAUAAUUUGAUAAUGAAAGAAGCUUUCAACUGUUGUAUCGAUAGUUUCUCCUAAUUUCUUCAAAAUAACAAAUUUUAUUUCAGUUUACCCAAAUCUAUGGUUCAUUACCCCUUCCGAUACUGUCGACAACGGUUAUGACUUCUACACCCACAACUUCAUCGUCCCAGAUUCCACCAACUUGUACCACGUGGCUACCUUCGACUUCAAUAGCUCAUCGAUGAUCCCAAACGCAACCUUGUUCCACGACAAGACGUUCGAUCUGGGUGGCCGCACGAUCCGCACCGGGGUGAUCGACUACAUCCCGUACUGUUCCACGAGCUACGUCGGUGCGAACCAGGGUAAUGCCGACGCGUUCAACUCAACGACGCGGAAGGAACUCCAGAUCGACGGCUUGGACGGAUCACUCAUUGUGGAGUUUUGCAAGCUGAGAAAUUGCAACUUGAAGUUGUGGCCUUUUGGACCAGAUAAGUGGGGAAAUAUCUACGAGAACGGGACCGGUGAAGGAAUGAUGUAUUCCCCGUAUGCCAAAGAGACGGAAUUCGCAAUCUGUUGCUUGUAUUACAGCUGGGUCAGUAACUAUCUAGAUUUCAGCAAGUCAAUAGCCUUUUCUUCUGUGCUUAUAAUGGUUCCAAGAGCUAAACUUCUACCAACCAUAUUUACUCCACUGUAUCCAUUUAAUCCCACGUUGUGGUUGGUUGUAUUUAUUACACUUGUUAUCAUGACAGUAGUUCAUCAUGGCAUCACCACCCUGAAUCUGAAGGGAAAGAAACCGCCGGUGGAGAAAUCGAUCUUCGAUAUAAUAUCUGUGUAUUUGGAUCAAGGAAUCUUUCCCAAUACGACAACUUCUUCGUAUCGAAUUCUGAUAUCAUUCAUGCUACUGUCCGGAGUUGUACUGAGCAAUUCCUACGCAGGAGGACUAGCGAGCGUCCUGACCAUACCCAGAUAUGAAAAGUCCUUGGAGACAAUCCACGACUUCGUCCAGAGUCCGUACCGCUGGGGAGCUCCAGCGAUCGCUUGGAUUCUGUCCCUUGUUGAUGCUGAAUCAAUCGAUCUCAAAACUGUCGUGCACAAGUUCGACAUCAUCCCCGACGUGGAAGAUCUUCACGAGCGCUUGUCGAAAGCUGACUUCGGAAUUGGGAUUGAACUCCUCAACAGUCAAAAGCUAACCGUUGGUCCGUACAUCCGCGAAGACAACGUACACUCCUUGGAGAUGUUGAAGCAGCUGCUUUACUACGACUACACCGGAGCCGUGUCCCAGCGGGGUUGGCCCCUGAUGGAACCUUUUGACAAUUUUGUUCUGGAAGCGAUCCAGCACGGACUCGUGAUUCACUGGGAAGAGGCGAUGCUGCGCAAAUAUCAGACCACGCGGAUGGAAGCGGCCCUCGAUCCGGCCAAUUCCCGCACUCAGCAGGACGACACCGUGCAAGCACUGACCGUGGAGCAUAUUUUGGGACCGAUUUUUAUCCUGCUGGUGGGAACAACACUGGCGACCGGGAUAUUCAUUCUUGAGGUGUUGUGGCACUCGUUGGGAUUGUGUUUGGAGCGGUGGCAUCUAAGGCGUUGUGAAACACGAGAUAUUCCCGAAGAAGUAGAAUUUGAGUACAUUGAAUAAGUAUAAUAUCAGUUCAAAUAAACUUUAAAAUAAUAAUCAUGAAAUUAAUAAAUUGUCACAAAAUCUAUGAACAGUUCUAAACUUAUAAAAUCUGACCUGACCUACGGCCCUUGUUUCCUUUGUUCUCAUGAAAC